AGACCACGUUCACCAUACAAUUUCUCACUCCUUACCAGCUAACUAUAUUGACCAAAAUGGUACAUGAUCUUUGAUAAAAGAGGUGGUGUACAAGCGGGGGGGUGAGCUGAAUCAACUUAGAAUGUUACCUGUUGUUUCACCAAAGCUGCAGACCACCAGUUGGUGUGCGCCAAAGCAAUCUCAGCAAUAUGGUAAGAAACUUCGGAGCAUAAAAUGCGAAUGCCAUGGAGAAGACUACUACCAAGUGCUGGGUGUUCCAGUGGAUGCUUCUCCCCAACACAUUCGCAAGGCCUACCGACAACUGCAAAAGAAAUAUCAUCCUGAUGUAGCAGGACAAGAGGGGCAUGCAAUGACAGUGUUGCUGAACGAGGCUUACAAGAGUCUCAUGAGUGAUCAUGAAAGAAUAAGAGACAACGUUUCCAGUGGCAUACAUGGGCAAUUCACAGGUUCAGCUUAUAGUUCAUGGAAUGGCCCUCACAGGCCACAGGGCCUCUUUGUUGAUGAAGUUGCUUGUAUAGGAUGUCGGGAGUGUGUUUUCCAUGCAAGUAACACAUUCCAUAUGGAUGAAGCAUCGGGCUGUGCUCGUGUCAAAGUUCAGUAUGGAGAUGAUGAUACUAAGAUUAAGGUUUCUGUAGAUUCUUGUCCUGUAAACUGCAUCCAUUGGGUUGAUAGAGAAGACUUGGCUAUACUUGAGUUUUUGGCUCGUCCACAUCCGAGAGCUAGCAAUGGAGUAUUUGGCGGAGGCUGGGAGCGACCUUCAAAUAUAUUCAUGGCAGCAAACACAUACAAGCAAAAGCUAAAGGAAAAGCAAUCAGUUAAAACUGAGUCACGAGUUACAGAAGAAACGAUAGAUCAGCGUAAGGCAAGAAUGGAAGCUGAUCUCAAGUUACAAAUGGGAUCAUUGUGGCAGUUGUGGUCCUGGAUGAAGCAGUUCACUGGCAUUGAUUCGUCAAGCACCAAGCAGGAGAAAUCAGAUUAUGAACAAAACAAUCCGCGGUCAUGGGAAACACUUUUUAGCAGGUCUUCCACAUCUGAGCUCGCUGCUUUCCCUGUAGACAGCUCUAAUGUGAGAAAGACAGUAGGGCUUAUUAAAGAAUGGGCAAACACUUUUGCUUCGUCUAGUGAGGUGCCUCUUCCCAUGCCAUUCCGUGUGGAGCUUCUGGAGUUUGGUGUUCAACUGGGUUUUAUUGAUGGAAAUAUACAGUGUGUGGGUUCAUUAGUUGUGACAGUGGAACAGCUUGCUCGAUUGCCAACCUUGUCCAACACUCAGGAAACAACCCUGCCUAGUUGGUUUGUUUAUGUAAGGAGGCAAGGCACCACCACAAUGCAUUCCUUACCAGGGGAAGGAAGAAUUGUUCAAGACCUGACAAAACAAUUACUGGACAAGGACAAUUCUUAUGCAACAUACUAUAUUAACCAUAAUUCAUAACACCUUUAAGCGGGUACUCAUGAAAUUUAGUUUCACCUAUUUGACUUUUAAAUUAGAUAUACAUCCACUUUUACUUAGAUACCCUGUAAUAUAUGUAUGAUUUGGAAAUCUGGUGGAGUCUUUUUCAUUUAGUUCUAUAUAGUCUUGUACAAUAAACAAGUGUCAUAUAGUGGCCAGUACUUGUUAGUUUCUGUCAUGGCAGGAUAUUUAGGCAUUCAUAAUGCUUUUAAAUAGCUUAAAUACUUAUUAAUCAUUGUCUUAAAACUAAAAUAAAUUUCUCUCUUUUCAAAA